AUCACUGGACCGACCAACUCCAAAGCAAAGUCCAAAUCAAAACUUGUCUCUUCCUUCUCUAACUUACAAAAAAAAACCCUAAACUCCCAAUUUUCUCAUUCACUCUUUUUUUUUUCUUUCGCUGAAAAUGGAAGACGAAGAAGGCAUCGGGUUAAUUCUAGCCAGAGCCACCGAGCUAAGACUCAAGAUCAACGAUUGUAUCGAAACCUCCAGCACCGAUGUUUCUUCACCCAGAGAAGGAAAGAAAGAUGAGAUCACUGGACUUCAAGAAAAGGAUUUUGACUCAUUCAGCUCUGACGAUGUGGAUGAUGAAGAAGAAUCUGGUGAACAGCUUUUGUGUAUACGCGAUGCUCUCGAAUCUCUUGAGUCUCAGCUUGCUGCUUUACAGAAUCUACGGCAAAGACAACAGUAUGAGAAGCAAGUAGCUCUCUCUGAGAUUGAUUACAGCAGGAAGAUGUUGCUUGAGAAGCUCAAGGAGUACAAAGGGAAAGAACUUGAAGUGCUAAGCGAGGCUUCAACUUUUGCUGGCGAAAGAGUUGACUAUGAGAACGAUCUUCUACUUCCUCCUUACCCUGUUCACCCUCCUCUUCCUCUCUCCCUCGGUUUGGAUAAUAACAAUGCCUACUUACCUUAUUUACCGUCAAAGCAGAAGAAAUCUGCAGAUGCAAAUGGGUUUGGCUCAGCAGAGGUCAAGGGUCCUAGUGGAGUUGUUCGCUUCUUCGGCUCUGUUGCAAAGAUCAUGCUACCAAUCAUCGGCGUCAUUUCAGUCUUGGCUGCUUCCGGUUAUGGUCCAGAGAUCAAGAAAAGAGGUGUGUCAUUCAAACUUCUGGGGCUUCUCCCUCAACGAGUAGUCAGAGCACCUAAUCAGUGCCCGCCUGGGAAAGUUCUAGUGAUUGAAGACGGUGAAGCAAGGUGUCUUGUGAAGGAAAGAGUCGAAAUACCUUUUGACUCGGUGGUUGCAAAACGAGAUGUAACAUACGGAUACGGUUGAACUGAAUUAAAAAAAAAAAACACCUUUCUCUGUAAUCUUUACUGCCUCCACUGUGUAAAACGUCUCAACCUUUUAUCUCUUUAACUCUCCCAAAGUUUUGUU